AUGGCGUGGCUCAGCAGGCAGAGCGGCCGUCUUCUUGGUUUGCUGCCCGGUUUGCUGCCUGGACCUGGUGUGGCUCUGAGGCUGCACAUCACUGAGUCCAAGUCAAAAGUGAGAAUCCUGGUGUCCUGCGAGCGCUCUGGUGUCCUCCGCUAUCAAAAGACGCAUGGAGGAUCAAGGCACGGGCUGGAGAUCUGCAAGUCUGUGAGGCUGGUGAAUGGGAAUAGUCUGUGCUCAGGCAGAGUGGAGGUGAAGACUAACCAGUCGUGGUCCUCAGUGUGUAAAGAUGACUUUGACCAUCAGGAUGCACAGGUGGUCUGUAGGGAGCUUGGCUGUGGGGCUCCCUCAGUCCUCCAGGGGGCGCUCUAUGGAGAAGGAGAGGCCCCAGUGUGGAGCAGAGAGUUCCAGUGUGAAGGCAGUGAGUCUGCUCUCCUGCACUGUAGAAGCUCAGGCUCAGCUAGAAACAGCUGCUCACCUGGCAAAGCUGUUGGACUCACCUGCUCAGAGUCUGUUGGUGCCAGAUUGGUGGGAGGAGCCAGUCGCUGUGCUGGUAGCCUACAGAUGAAACAACAUGAAGGCUGGAAACCAGUGGCCAACGGGGAGGCUGACUGGACCCUGAAGGCAGCAGCUGUAGUGUGUGGACUGCUGGAAUGUGGCUCUGCUCUUUCAGUAGAAAUGAAUGAUAUUUUACCAACAGGACCUGUAUUGCUUAUCAAUCCUUCCUGUCUGCAGUCUGGAUAUACAGUCAGAGAGUGUUUUGUAACAGAGCACAUACUUAACAGACCAGGGAGCCUGACGAUCACCUGUUCAGAGUCUGUGAGGCUGGUGAAUGGGAGUAGCCUGUGUUCAGGCAGAGUGGAGGUGAAGUCUAACCAGUUGUGGUCCUCAGUGUGUGAACACGACUUUGACCAUCAGGAUGCACAGGUGGUCUGUCGGGAGCUUGGCUGUGGGGCUCCCUCAGUCCUCCAGGGGGCGCUCUAUGGAGAAGGGGAGGCUCUGGUGUGGAGCAAAGAGUUCCAGUGUGAAGGCACUGAGUCUGCUCUCCUGCACUGUAGAAGCUCAGGCUCAGCUAGAAACAGCUGCUCACCUGGCAAAGCUGUUGGACUCACCUGCUCAGAGCCUGAUAAUCAGAUUAUCAGAUUGGUGGGAGGAGCCAACCACUGCGCUGGUAGGCUGCAGAUGAAACAGCAUGACGACUGGAGACACGUGGUUAUCUGGAGUGCUGAGUGGACCCUGAAGGCAGCAGCUGUGGUGUGUGGACUGCUGGACUGUGGCUCUGCUGUUUCAGUUGCACGGACAAGGAACUAUAUAGGAGAAUCUUCAUGGGCAAUCAGUCUUUCUUGUCUUCGGUCUGGAUCUACACUGAGGGAGUGUUCAAUGAAGUCUAUGUUUCUCCAGUCUGAAUUGGAGAUCACCUGCUCAGAGUCUGUGAGGCUGGUGAAUGGGAAUAGCCUGUGCUCAGGCAGAGUGGAGGUGAAGUCUAACCAGUCGUGGUCUUCAGUGUGUGAAGACGACUUUGACCAUCAGGAUGCACAGGUGGUCUGUCGGGAGCUUGGCUGUGGGGCUCCCUCAGUCCUCCAGGGGGCGCUCUAUGGAGAAGGGGAGGCCCCAGUGUGGAGCAGAGAGUUCCAGUGUGAAGGCAGUGAGUCUGUUCUCACAGACUGUGGAAGCUCGGGCUCAGCUAGAAACAGCUGCUUACCUGUUGGACUCACCUGCUCAGAGCCUGAUAAUAUCAGGUUGGUGGGAGGAGCCAACCGCUGUGCUGGUAGACAAGAGAUGAAAAGGCAUGAAGUCUGGAGACCAGUGCAUGUCUGGAGUGCAUCAGACAAUGACUGGGACCUGAGGUCAGCAGCUGUAAUAUGUAGACAGCUGGAUUGUGGCCCUCCUCUUUCAGUAGAAAUGACACUGGAGUUUGCAGGAACAUCCUCAUGGGUGCUCAGUCUUUCCUGUCUUCAUUCUGGAUCUACACUGAGGGAGUGUUUAGAAACAGGCGGUGUGACCUCGCUGAUGAAUUUGGAGAUCACCUGCUCAGAGUCUGUGAAGCUGGUGAAUGGGAGUAGCCUGUGUUCAGGCAGAGUGGAGCUGAAGUCUAACCAGUCGUGGUCCUCAGUGUGUGAAGAUGACUUUGACCAUCAGGAUGCACAGGUGGUCUGUCGGGAGCUUGGCUGUGGGGCUCUCUCAGUCCUCCAGGGGGCGCUCUAUGGAGAAGGGAAGGCUCCAAUGUGGACCAAAGAGUUCCAGUGUGAAGGCCGUGAGUCUGCUCUCCUGCACUGUGGAAGCUCAGGCUCAGCUAGAAACAGCUGCUCACCUGGCAAAGCUGUUGGACUCACCUGCUCAGAGCCUGAAGAUGUCAGAUUGGCAGGAGAACCCAGCCGCUGUGCUGGUACACUGGAGAUGGAACAACAUGGAGACUGGCAACCAGUGAUAGACUUUUUCUCUCCUUGGAACCUAAAGGCAGCUGCUGUCGUGUGUGGCCAGCUGGGCUGUGGCUCUGCUGUCUCUACAGAAAUCAGAGAGGCUCCUACAGAUCACUUGGCAAGGAGAAUAAUACCUCGCUGUUAUGGCUCUGAGUCUGCACUGAGGGAGUGCAUGUUAAAGAUGGACUCAGCCUCUACCUCUUACAUAUUGGAGGUGAUUUGCUCAGAUCUUCUAGUUAAGCCAAUCAUCUCCCUGUCUCCUUCCAUGGACGGGGUCUAUGAGGACCAGCAGCUGGAGCGUCAGGUGUUCAUCGGCUCCGCCUUCACCAUCAGCUGCUCCGUCCAGCCACAGUACCCCGGAGGCUCCUUCCACAUCCUGCUCGCCUCCUCCAACAUGAAACUCAGACAAACCAAGCCAGCUGUCAAUCACUCUGCCCACUUCCUGUUUACUGCUGCAGACCAAGAGCACCAGGGGAACUACACCUGUGUUUAUCACAUCGAUGUUUAUUCUCAUCACUUCUCCUCUGAGAGCAGGCCCCUCUCUCUCACCGUCUUAGUCAGUCCAACAGAUUUCCUCAUCAGACUGCUUGUCCUGCUGCUGGCUAUGACAUUGCUGAUCACUGCCCUCCGUUUCUAUUCCACGGCCACCAGGGGGCAGCAGCCAGGCGCAGUGGAGAACAUUGAGCUGGAUUACUAUAAUGUUGGUGGCGCUGAGGCUGAAGGUGAGCCGGGUGACACGGCAGCAGCUCUGGGGACAACGUAG